UGUUUGCUCUCUCAGUGUACUUAUGCACAUAAAUAAACCUGUCUCUUUUUAGAUGAAAGUCAUCUUAAGGAAUAAAACUUCAAUUGAAUCAUGGAUUGAAGAAAAGGCCAAAGAUCGCAUCAACUAUUACCAAACAAAAGAAACCUUUAUUUUUCCUUAUGACCUGGGAAGCAAGUGGAAUAAUUUCAAGCAGGUUUUCACAUGGUCUGGAAUCUCAGAAGGUGAUGGGUUAGAAUGGCCUGUGAAGGAAGGCUGCCAUCAGUAUAGUUUAACGAUAGAGCAACUGAAACAAAAAGCUGAUAAGCGAGUGAGAAGUGUGAGAUAUCAAGCAAUAGAAGAUUACAACGGUGCCUGUUGCCCUCUUACAAAAGGUUUGAGGACAUUCUUCACAACUCCAUGCACUGAGGAGCCUCGAAUUAUCCUUUGUAAAGGAGAUCAGAUUUUAGCUACAAGAGGACUGAAGCACUGGAUGUAUGGAGAGAAAAUCACUGACUUGUCAACUGAUGAACCGUGUCAUAAUGAUGAAACCAGCGCUACAAAAAAUGGUGGUCCCUGGACAGAAGCUAGUCCUCAAGAUGGAAAGAGAGUCAGAGGUUGGUUUCCGAGGAGGUGUGUAGAGAAAUGCCUGUAUGAUGCCGAAACUGAUCAGUCUCUGGACGGAGAAAAGAAAACAAGAUAGCCCUUCCACCCGACCUUUUUAAAAAGUCAAUGAAAAUGUUUCUUUCGGACCACUGUCCUCUUACUUGAAAUGUUCUGUAUACUACUCUAGACCUGAGCUUUGAACAAAGAGUGGUUUUCUGUGUAUUCACAGGAAUGGGUGCCCCAGUGCCAUAACCUGAAAUACCUUUUGCCAUUUUUUUUAAAUGGAGGAAGCCAUUCAAUGGAUGCCUUUUUAUAUUGAAGCUUUCACAGGUCCAGAACACAUUUGAUCUGUUUUCCUGUUUUAAAAAUUACGUGAAGGUUUCUUUGCUUAGUUUUCUCAAGAUGUUUCUUUGCAUAUGUAGUCUGCUUUUCUUGUCUAUUAAUGCUACAUUGCCGGUUGGCUCCUUUCAUUCCCCACUUUGGAAAUUGUAAGAUGUUAGAAUGAGUGAAAAUGUAAGUAGAUUUGAUACCUGGAAUUAUUUUGCAAUCAUGUGGCAACUUUUUAUGUGAACCAGAAAUAAACACCAAGAUGUAUUAUGUA